AUGGAGUUGGGCGAGCUGCUCUACAACAAGUCGGAGUACAUCGAAACGGCAUCUGGGAACAAAGUUAGUCGCCAGUCUGUAUUGUGUGGAAGUCAGAACAUUGUUCUUAAUGGCAAGACAAUUGUGAUGAAUGACUGUAUUAUCCGAGGUGAUCUGGCAAAUGUAAGAGUUGGACGUCAUUGUGUUGUGAAAAGUCGGAGUGUCAUAAGGCCACCGUUCAAGAAAUUCAGCAAAGGCGUUGCGUUUUUCCCUUUACAUAUUGGGGACCACGUCUUUAUUGAGGAAGAUUGUGUGGUCAACGCAGCUCAGAUUGGCUCUUACGUUCACGUUGGCAAGAAUUGUGUGAUUGGGCGCCGGUGUGUGUUGAAAGACUGUUGCAAAAUUCUCGACAACACAGUAUUACCCCCAGAAACUGUGGUCCCACCGUUCACCAUCUUCUCAGGCUGCCCAGGACUCUUCUCAGGGGAGCUCCCAGAAUGUACCCAGGAGCUGAUGAUUGACGUCACCAAGAGCUACUACCAGAAGUUUUUGCCCUUGACACAGGUCUAA